AUGUUGUCGAUGAUAUUUAAAAGACGGAUCUGUAGUUCCGUUGUUGCAAGAAACGUGGCCGCCGUGCAGUCAUCUUGCGUAGAGGGAACGGUUUUGAACUUGAAGAUCAAAAAGAAUGGCCAGGAGCCAGUAGCAUUGGCAGAUUCGGAAUAUCCAAGUUGGUUAUGGGAUUGUCUUGAUGCUCAAAAGAUGGACGACCAGUUGAAGACCGAGGAUGUGUUGAGAUGGAGAAAGAAACAACUUAAGACCCAGAAUACAAAGAGAAUAAAGAAUAACAACUUUUUGUCCACUAUGGGAUAA